GCGACGGCUUGCAUCGGAUUUCUGGUGUACGAUGCGGAGGGGGAUGGCCAACGAAGCUGGCAAUCCCCCUCCCCCGUCAGGUAGACCAGCACCGAGACCAGCACCGAGACUGGUCUCUCGUAAAGCGGUGUAUGCUGCAAGGAAUCGUAGCCUGCUAAUGUACACUUCUGCCGUGAUUGUACUAGCUGUGGGCGUUACAUACGCCGCUGUGCCUCUAUACCGCAUGUUUUGUGCCGCUACGGGAUUCGCUGGAACGCCCAUCGUCGGGACUGGUAAAUUCGAUCCAGAGCGACUGGUGCCAGUUGAAGGCGCACGCCGGAUCAAAGUGCAUUUCAACGCAGACACGUCCGAUCAACUGCCAUGGCAGUUUAUACCGCAACAGAAGUUUGUGACCGUAUUACCUGGGGAGACCAGUCUCGCUUUCUACAAGGCGAAGAACAAGUCGGACAAGGACAUUAUAGGCAUCGCCACGUACAACGUUACACCUGAUAGGAUUGCACCUUAUUUCGCCAAGGUGGAAUGCUUCUGCUUUGAGGAGCAGAAGCUUCUGGCCGGGGAAGAGGUCGACAUGCCGUUGCUGUUCUUCAUAGACAAGGAUAUCUUGGACGACCCAUCAUGUCGGAAGAUUGAUGACGUCGUGCUGUCUUAUACCUUCUUUAGGGCAAGGCGGAAUUCCCAAGGCAAUCUCGAGCCUGAUGCACCGGACGAUGUCGUCCAAAAUUCGAUGGGAUUUGGGGAGUACGAGCAUGCACCGAAGGCAGAGGACCGCAGGGGUUCAUCAUGAUGCUAGUAAUGUAGCUGGUAGAUACGCAGAUUAUGCCACGAACCUCCCUCCUUGCAUGCCCCUGCUGAUGAUGCACCGGUAAAUCACG